GUAGCCCAUGCACAACUUCCAAUAUCAUCGUAGGGUUUAAGGGACUCUCUUCUUACUUCUCUCUGCGACAGGGCAAGCAGCGGAGGCUCGGCCACAUCUGCUGUGAUCCUCGAGCUCACACACACCAAAAUGGCUAGAGGAUUGAAGAAGCAUUUGAAGAGGCUCAAUGCUCCAAAGCAUUGGAUGCUUGAUAAACUUGGCGGUGCAUUUGCUCCCAAGCCUUCAUCUGGACCUCACAAAUCCAGGGAAUGCCUUCCAUUGAUUCUCAUCUUACGAAACAGGUUGAAAUAUGCGCUCACAUACCGUGAGGUCAUUUCCAUUUUGAUGCAACGCCAUGUUGCGGUUGAUGGGAAGGUCAGGAUUGAUAAAACAUAUCCUGCAGGUUUCAUGGAUGUUGUAUCAAUCCCCAAGACAAAUGAGAACUUCCGUCUUCUUUAUGACACCAAGGGUCGGUUCCGUCUCCACUCAAUCAGAGAUGAAGAGGCAAAGUUCAAGCUCUGCAAAGUUCGCUCUGUGCAGUUUGGGCAAAAAGGUAUCCCGUACCUAAACACCUAUGAUGGACGCACCAUCCGCUACCCAGAUCCUCUUAUUAAGGCCAACGACACAAUCAAGCUUGACCUGGAGAGCAACAAGAUCACUGAAUUCAUCAAGUUUGAUGUUGGGAACGUAGUCAUGGUGACGGGUGGAAGGAACAGGGGACGAGUUGGAGUCAUCAAGAACAGGGAGAAGCAUAAAGGGACCUUUGAGACUAUCCAUAUUCAGGAUGCGACCGGGCAUGAGUUUGCAACUCGAUUAGGCAAUGUGUUCAUCAUUGGCAAGGGGACAAAGCCAUGGGUAUCCCUUCCCAAGGGUAAGGGUAUCAAGCUAUCUAUCAUUGAAGAGGCCAGGAAGAGGCUUGGAGCCCAAGCAGUAUCCACGGCGUAAUAAUCAUGUUAAAAAGUGGUUUUCAGAAGUUUUGAUGGUUCUUUUGUCGUCUGAUUCGGGAUUUUUCUGUGACUUUUAUUCUCUUUAUCAUGCCUCAAAUUUUGAAAAGCUGGUUACUUGUCCACAAAAAAAUUGCUGGUCUAAACUAUUGUUAUUUAUUUAUUAAUAUUAUUAUUAUUU